CAGGCGCGGUUUGCCCAUGCGCACUGAGGGUCCGCGCACUGUGACGUGACAGCGUCAAGGCAGAAGUCCAAGUGCAGCGCUGCGUGUCCGAGAUCGUUGUAAAGAAAAACUGAUAACAUCAUGUCAUUGGAGAAGUUCAGCAAAGAAACCACGCUUGAAAUGCGGAAAAAGCUGAUCGGGCACUCGUGUCGACUCUUUUUCUCUGAACACCCGAUGAAAAUAGUGAGAGCCAAAGGUCAGUAUUUGUACGACGAGCAGGGGCAGCGGUACCUGGACUGCAUCAGUAACGUUCAGCACGUUGGCCACUGCCACCCUGCCAUCACUCGGGCAGCAGCUGCACAGAUGGAUCUCCUCAAUACCAACACGCGCUUCCUCCACGACCACAUUGUGCAUUAUGCUACCCGACUGGCCGAAACGUUGCCGGACAAGCUGCGUGUAUUCUACUUUGUCAACUCAGGUUCAGAAGCCAAUGAUCUGGCUCUCCGACUGGCCCGGCAGUACACCCAGCACAACGAUGUCAUAGUACUUGACCAUGCGUAUCACGGCCACCUGACUUCCCUGAUUGACAUCAGCCCAUACAAGUUUCGGAAGUUGGGGGCACAAAAGGAAUGGGUGCAUGUAGCACCACUGCCAGACACAUACAGGGGCAAGUACAGGAAGGGUCAUCCAGAUCCUGGCCAAGCCUAUGCAGACACUGUGAAGGACUUGAUAGAGGACGUACAUAAGAAAGGCCACAAGAUUGCCGCAUUCUUUGUAGAGUCUCUGCCUAGUGUUGGAGGCCAGAUAAUCCUCCCCGAAGGUUACUGCAGAAAGGUAGCAGACUAUGUGCACGAAGCUGGCGGGGUGGUUGUGGCAGAUGAAGUGCAGGUUGGAUUUGGCCGUGUAGGGAGUUGCUUCUGGGGCUUCCAGCUGCAGGGUGAAGAUUUCUGCCCUGACAUUAUGACUAUGGGCAAGCCUAUGGGCAAUGGCCACCCACUCGCCUGUGUGGUGACCACCCAGGAGAUUGCCGACACCUUCACCGGCAACGGGGUAGAGUACUUCAACACGUUUGGUGGAAACCCUGUGUCCUGUGCCAUUGGAUUGGCUGUACUGGAUGUAAUUGAGGAGGAGGCCUUGAGGAGGAAUGCUAGUUUGGUUGGGGGGCAUCUUAAAGAGCUUCUACUUCACUUGCAGAGGAAACAUACCAUCAUUGGAGAUGUGCGUGGGGCUGGGCUAUUUGUGGGUUUGGAGCUGGUGAAGGACCAGGCACAGCUGACCCCAGCCACAGAAGAGGCAGCAAAGCUUGUGAGGAGGUUAAAAGAAGAAGAACUGAUCCUUGUGAGCACAGAUGGGCCAUGGGAGAAUGUCAUCAAGUUUAAACCUCCUAUGUGCUUCAGCAUAGAAGAUGCUGAGCUGGUGGCUGAAAAAAUAGAUGUUAUUCUUUUAGAUAUUGGGACUACAUCUCAAAGUAAGAUGAAAGAGACCUGAUUCACUUGGAAGAAAAACAACAAUCAGUCCUAUCAUACAGCUUUAGGAAUCCUUCCCUGAGAUUAAAUUACCCUCAAGUGUUCAUUUUACUGUUCAGUAUAUACUCAGACAAUCUACUUUAUACACCAUUUGCAAAAAACAAAAAAGCUUUUCAUUGGAAGUCAAAGUGUACAGUUUCUGUAGAGUUCAAGUUUUUACCUUACCUGAAGGUAAAUCAGUUCAAACAAAUGCACUCAGCAUGCCAUUAAUACAGACUGCUACCAUUUAGGAUAUUCAGCUUCCACUUCAAAUUGAUGAGUUGAGGCAUGGCUCCAAAACUCCCCAUUGAGAACUAAACCUCAAGGCCUAGUCCAACCCCCCACACCACUCCAAACAAGUUAAGUCAGCCUCUACAUCCGUCUCUGUAAACCCCCAAAGGCAAAAGAAAGUUUAUACAAAUUUAUGCCCACAAACUCAAUUCCUUCACAUGCUGCCAUGUUACUCAGAACCCACGCUGGCUGCCAGUGUCAGAACAACUUAACACUACCGCCAUAGUAUGCAAUAGCACAAACAUUACCAUUAUUCAGACAAAUUAACAGUAACCAGAAGCAUUACAGAAAUAAAGGAUGCACACGCAUAAUAUAAACAAAAGUUUAUUUCUAUCAAUUUGCCCAAGACACUAGAGGAAUGGGUUUCCAGUGAGAGGAGUGCUCUCUUACAUUUACAGGCUUUAGCUUAAUGUAAAGUUUACACUAUCAAAGCCACUUUAUUUGCAGACAAAAACGGGAGGAAAAAAAUUAGUAAAAUUCCUUAAAAGCCAGGAGGGAAAAUGCUGGUUGUCCUUAUCUACUAGCCAACUGCUGACAUUCACUACACAAGCUUACAAAUUAACUUGAUUAGUUUAAUCCCUUUUUAAUCUUCCCCUUCCCCAUUUUGUAGCCAUGCAAUUUGCAUUGACACUCAGCAUAAGGAAAAGCUAAGUUUAGAAACACUGGGAAAAAAAAACUCAAAUUGUUUAUUCAAAGAAAAGGCUAAGCUCUCAACUUGCUUUGUGGUAAAUCCAGUAGACAUGUAAAAUACAACCAUACAAUAACAUUAAAUCCAAGAAGGUACCAAAAAGUACAGUAAAAAUAUCACUUCCAUCUCUGGAAAUGUGUAUGAACACAAAAAAUAUAAAAUAAAAUGUGGAAAAGUGA